CACUGAGCUAACCGGGCGCCCCAAAGCUACAAUUUCUGACUUCACACACAGCGAGGUGCAGAGCACACGCUCACACUCCUUCCCUCUGAUGCCGACUGGAUGCAGACCAGGCGAUUUCCAGCAGCUUCCUGAGUCGGUCUUCCCUCUCCUCCCUACCCUCCUCUUCCUCCUCCUCCUCCUCCUUCAACACCCGGAGCUUCUCCUCUUCUGCCACCUCUUUUCUCCUGCUCCUUACCACCAGGAUGUGGCACUCGGUGGCUCUUCUCCUCUCUGGAUUCUCUGCUUUGAUCCACGUGUCGUUGCAGGGUCCUCACCAGAGGAACCUAUUGAAGAACCUCCUGAAAGACUACAACCGGAUGGAGCGGCCGGUGGGGAACGACUCCCACCCUCUCACCGUUGUCUUCUCCCUCAGUUUGAUCCAGAUCAUGGACGUGGAUGAGAAGAACCAGGUGCUCACCACUAACAUAUGGCUACGGAUGAGUUGGUUCGACCAUUAUCUCCAGUGGAACCAGAGCGAACAUCCUGGAGUGAAAAACCUACGCUUCACCACAGAUCAGGUCUGGACCCCAGACAUCCUGCUCUACAACAGUGCAGAUGACGACUUUGACUCCACCUUUAAGACCAAUGUUCUGGUGAACUCCAGUGGCUACGCCGAGUACCUGCCCCCAGGAAUCUUUAUGAGCACAUGCAACGUGGAUGUUCGCUGGUUCCCUUUUGACAUCCAGAGGUGUGAGCUGAAGUUCGGCUCUUGGACGUAUGACGGAUGGCUGCUGGACCUCCAAAUGAACGAUGCUGACAUCUCAGGCUACAUGCCCAAUGGGGAGUGGGACUUAAUUGGGGUUCCCGGCAACAGAAACGAGGCCUUCUAUGAUUGCUGCAAGGAGCCUUAUCCGGAUGUGACAUUUGUGGUGACAAUACGUCGACGGACGCUCUACUAUGCCCUGAACCUGCUCAUCCCCUGUGUGCUGCUGUCUUCGAUGACCCUACUCAUCUUUGUGCUACCAGCUGACUCUGGGGAGAAGAUCUCACUGGGUAUCACUGUCUUGCUGUCUCUGACUGUUUUCAUGUUGCUGGUCGCAGAGAUCAUGCCAGCCACGUCUGACUCCGUCCCUCUGAUAGGUCAGUACUUUGCCAGUAUAAUGAUCAUCGUUGGGAUGUCAGUCAUCGCCACAGUGGUCGUUCUGCAGUAUCAUCACCACGAUCCAAAUGGAGGAAACAUGCCCAAAUGGGUGCAGCUCGUCUUACUGCAGUGGGUAGCUUGGUUCUUGAGAAUGAAGCGUCCAGGAGAGAACGACGACCCAGAGCGGCCCCCGUGUGCCCCCCACUUGCGCCGCUGCUCCUCGGGCUCCCAGAGCGGGAGCAUCCCAAACCCUCCGGACCCCACCCUUCAUCCGCUGCACCCACAGAACUUGGCUCCUCUCCAAACAGGGCCCCUCCACGCAGGGCACCCUCACCUCCACGUCCAGUCAAGUGCUAACAACAAUGGGAACCUUCUUUACAUGGGCUUCCAGAGCAUGGACGACCCUUCAAUGCUCUCUGAGUCUGUCCAGAGGAAUAACAUCUCCACAGGGCCUCCGAGAGUAGCAGGAAGCCCGCCUCCGCACCUGCCAUCUCAGUUCUGCAGCUCCCCCCCACCUCCUACCCCUAAUAUGGAUACAGGCUGCCCUAGCACUGUCUCCAGUGGUGGGGGCUUUGGAGUUGGACCCGGAGGGCUUGGAGGGUUCUCUGGUUCAGGAAUAGGAGACCCCCAGCUCCAGGCUAUCCUGGAGGAAGUGCGUUACAUGGCAGACCGUUUCCGGGAGCAGGACGAGGCCGAGAGCGUGGCCGACCAGUGGAAAUUUGCAGGCGCUGUAAUCGACCGCCUGUGUCUGGUGGCGUUCAGCGUUUUCAACAUCAUAUGCACCAUCUCCAUCCUCAUGUCUGCUCCCAACUUUGUGGAGGCUAUUUCAAAGGACUUCGUUUGAAAGCAAAGGAAAAAAAGAGGAGGAGAAGCGUGAAGGAAAGGAUGAGGGGAAUUAAAUAUAAGAUGAAGGAUGGAGUGGGCCCGGAUCCAAGGAAACAAUUUCCAGCGGACUGUAGGCUUUGUGAUUUGUGAUUGCGAGGAACUGGGAAAUAGAAAAAAAACCCAAAUGGUUUUCUUUGCAAUACAUUCUGUUUUGUAACUGAAAUAUAAGAAGAAAACAGAUGAGGAAGGGGAUACAGAGUGAACUUAAAAGGAGAUUAGACUGAGCAGGGUGCUUUAUCAGAUUCUUGACAAGGUGGAAUGGAUUCUUGUGGUUAAUUCAAAGACUCCCCCCACAAAAAAAAUUAGAAGAAAGAUGAGUCAGAAAGAGAAGAUUAUCAUCCCAAAGCAACCUCAAGUAAGAUAGCUCUUAAAGCAAAGAGGGAGAUUGAGAGAAUAAAAGGGGAAAAGCGACAGGCGUUGGAUAGGGACAGAUAAAUAAGAGAGACAUUUGGCCGUUUUAUUUUCUCGAGGAGGGAAGACAGUCCUUCACUCCCACAUGUUGAGAAAAGACUGCAUCAUUUAAAGUGAUGUGAGGAGGAGAGGGCGGGGAGAAGAGAAAGAGACUUUUACAAGGACAGACAACAAAGAGCGGUGGUGAAGGAACGAGACUUCAUCCCUCCUGACUUUGGCAGAGUUCGGCGGAGUAAGCAGCCUGAUGCUUGGAUAUACAAAACUGGACCAAAGAUCAGGAACGCUGCAGCAGAGAAGAUCAGACGAGGAUCUCAUCUAUUAUUCAAUCACAUCCAUCUAAUGACCGUCAAAUUGAAAGACCUUGGAUAAUCUUUAAGACUAAUAAGCUUUUAAAAUAUGAAGCCCCCUCUCCACUCGCAAACCACUUUAAAUUGCCAAGGCCUUAUCUCUUUGAGACGAUUUCCAAUCUGCAACAAUCAGCAGAGAUCAAAAGCCCCUCAGCAGCCGGCACAGUGUGCAGUGCUUAUCACAACCGGGAAACUGAAUUAACCGGUCAUCAAUAUCGCAGUGGCCAGUAGCUGCACCACAGUGGAGGCUUGAGCCAGUAAUAACUCAUGAAGCAGUUACCUAAUGGUAUCUGGCAGUUCCUAUUAGGCCAGCGGAUCUCAUUGGAUUUCAUAUUAAAGGUUUAAAAACUGAAAUGGGAGGUCAGGUCUUUAAAAAAAAAAAAAAAGUAAAAAAGAUCAUUCAGAAUCUUAAAAUGUAUAUGGAGAAGCAACGCCCUAUCAAAUUUCUGUCAGAUCCCUUCAGGGGUUUACAGCUUCAUGAGUGGUUUCACAUCUAUCUAAAAUGAGCAAUGGGAUUUUAAUAGAGAUGAAAUUGACUCCAGUUGCUAAAGUGGUGCUUUAAAAGGUUUAAAUUUAAGGCACGACCUUCAGCCAGAGAGCUUGUGUAGAAAACGUUAGCCAAUAAACAGAAUACGUCUUAAAUUAGUUUGGGUUUGAGGGAACUGAACUUUUUCCACUACUUUCUCAAGAGUCAGACAACCAUAAAUGACUUUUUUGUGUCUCUGUUAGCAGUUUGAAUGUAUGCUGAAUGCAAGGUAAGCCUAGCUCAGUUCAUGGAUGUCUAUGGGUUCAGGAUGGCUGUCUGAUCUGACCCAAUUGCAAGUUGUAUUACGCAUUAGAAGUUUUAGAACAAUUAGAUUAUAUCAAUGCUCCAAUGCUCUAGGGCUGCGUCCAAAACCCUUCCUGUUUUACUAUAUAGAGCAUAUACUGUAUAGUACUCUAUAGUGUACUAGAUAAUGUGACAUUUAUGCAGUAAUAGUGCCCUCAAAAAUGACCACAGCUGAAUGUCACAUAUUACACAUGCAAAAAUGUCCUUUUUAUGACACUAUAUCUGUCAGUGAUGAUGAUUCAUAAGUGUCUGAAAUCUCAAUUUACUGCUUACUAUAGAGCAAACUAUUGAGUGUCUAUAAUAAAGGGAAUAGUGAAAGAGUUAAUGAGGGAGGGAUUUUGGACACGGCCCAAGAUUAUAAGCAAAAGAUGAGUCAAAAUAGCUUGAAGCAUCAGAGCAGCAACAAGCAGCAAGUGCACCUUUAACAACUCCGUUCAGUGAGUCUCCCGAUGAUUCACUGAUUCCAAGAUAGUGUUACAAAGCUAUGGUUCACAGCCACUGACAAUAAAUAUAGAAAUGUCAAGAAUAUGUUUAUGUUUUUGUGAAAACGUAGUAGUAGUAUAAAUAUUGUUUAUUCUGUCACACCUACAUAGCCCACAUAGUGAAAACAAUUGUUUUUGUAUUAAACCCUGGAUAAAGUGUGUUCCCCUGAAUUUGAGUGGCUAAUAACCAUGAAUGGAGCAAAGUAAACUAAGCUUAAUAUUCAACCAUACAUUCAAACUGUAAGAAAGUAAGACAUAAAGAAGUUAUCCCUCGGUUUGCCUGACUACAGUAGGAGAGAUUCCUCAAAAACCAAACAACACUUUAAAGGAUAAAGCUGGAGUUACUCUAUAUUUUUUUAUAUUGUCAGCAACUUCAAUGAGAAAACCUAAAGCUAUAACAUGUUAUGUCUCUCAGUACUUUCCUACAGUAUCUGUGGCACACAGCCACAUGCCCGUUUGUUCCCAAUGAAGACAUAAUCCUUAAAAACAGGUCAGCUGGGCACUAGUUUUUUAGCAAACAUUAAGGGACUAUUUUCAGCUGUGGAUUAAUACACAUUUUGUGCUGUAGCGAGUUUAUACAUUGAUGUGUUUAAAUAGAUUUUGAAAAACAAUGGUGGGAUAAGGAAUACGCUACAUCAGGCUUUGGCUAUACAGGAAAUACUUAGGCUAGUUGGAUACAUGUGUUGUUGGUUUUUGAUAAUUUCAUGGCAUUUGAUGACAGUAAGAAAAAUAUAGAACAUUGGCUGCUUUAUCCAAAACACAAAGAUCCAAUAGGACAAAUAUGUUUACUACAUUCCUGACCUACACUGUUUCUAAUGGCUGUACCCAUGCAUUCUCCCACUGUGACCUGCUACACAGAGUGUAGACAAAGUUGUACAAACACUUUAUCUCUAUACCUCUCUUCAUCUUCUGACUCCUCUCUCUUCCUCUCUAAAGUCAAGUCUCCUAGUAGGCGGAAAGUAAACUUCCUGCCUGGGGGUUUGCAAAAGGAUGUCCUCCUUCCAGCACAUACUGACAACUAAACACUCACAUCUGUACAGCGCAUUUCUCAUCCUGAAAAUAAAGGGUUCUCUUUUUUUUUCUA